CCUACGUCAUGUCCACAAGUACACUCACUAUAAAUUCACAGUCUCCAUAAAGCCCUCACACUUUAAAGUUUGCUUAAUGACUUCAGUAUCUACAAGUGCAGAGAUGGACCAGAACAAAAGCCGUGAAAGCACUCAGGUGAAGACUGGUCACUCUCUCAGUGAAGCUGAGAGGCAGCAUUUGGCCAGAAGGUCAAACACCGUUCGACAGUGCCUGAAGCACCACGGUAUAUCCUGCAGUGAGAAUGACAUGCCUAACAUCGCAGUGCUGGGCUCUGGUGGUGGUUUGAGAGCUAUGAUUGGACUACUUGGAUCCGUUUGUCAGCUGAAAGAAGAGGGACUGUUGGACUGCAUCAAGUACCUCUGUGGCGUCUCAGGAUCUACCUGGUGUAUGGCAUCUUUAUAUAAAGAACCAAACUGGUCCACCAAACUGGACACUUUGAAAGAAAACAUCGUCCAUAGGCUUGCUAAAGGCAGUGUCAGCUGGUUGAAGAUGGGUCAAAAACUGGUGGACUACAUUACAGAAAAAGACAACUUCAGCAUGACAGACGUGUGGGCAGCACUGAUUGUGUCUUACCUGGUUAAAGAGAUUGAUGAACACAAACUCACUCAGCAGAGGGGCAACUACACCAAUGACCCGUAUCCCAUUUACACUUUGAUUGACAAACAGUGUAAACAUGACAAACUGAAUGCAGAUGUCUGGUUUGAGAUCACUCCAGAUGAGUCAGGUUAUUCUCUCUCUGGAGCCUUUGUGGAUUCCUCCUGUUUGAGAAGUCAGUUUGAGAAUGGACAGAAGAUUAAAGACCAGCCUGAGACUGACAUGCUGUACCUACAAGGCCUGUGUGGCAGUGCCAUCGCAGAUAUGGAAGAGAACCUUAAGUUCCUCUAUGAGCAACUAAAACACCUGAUUAUGGGCGAAAGCACCAAAGAGAGUCAUACACCACAAACACCAGAUGUGCAGAAUGGUUGCCUGCUGCUCUUAACACUUGUGGAUCUGAACCUUUGUGUGUUAAAAAAGGAGGAUCCUACAGUUUACCUCCAAACCAUAAAGGACCUACUGAAAGAUAAGCAUGAUGAAAUAGAAAGAAUGACUGUUCAUCUAGAGAACGUGGUGACAUCAGAAAAGACGAUCUCCAAGGAAGAGUUAAAUGGAUACACACUGCAAGUAUGCAAUUCUAUCACUGACAUGUUCACGGUGCAGGGUUUUUGGGAUGACACUUACAAAGCCAUUAUGAGAGCCUUAGAGGAAAUUGUUUGCUGGAUCUGGGGAAAGACUUACAACUUCCUCUACAAAAUGGAAGUAAAAGAUGUCGACCCCAGUGUCCUUAACUCGAAGGAGAGAGAAUAUGAAGAUGCUGGACUGUUACUCAACUCACCCUAUUUCUCAGUGCUGAGAGAAGAACGAGACAUCAAGCUCAUCAUUUCCCUUGACUACAGUUCAGGAAAUCCCUUUGAGACAGUGGUUCAGGCUGCUAAAUUGUGCAAAGCCCUUCAGAUUCCUUUCCCUAAAGUUGUUGUACCUGCUGAAGAUACAGAACCAAAGGACUUCUAUGUAUUCAGAGGAUACAGUGAUGCUCCAACUGUGAUUCACAUGCCUCUUUUCAAUGUCGUUAACUGCAAUGGAGAAGUUGAGGAGUGGUGGAAAAGAUAUCCCACUUCUAAAAGGAACUACAGUCUUAAGGACAUCACAGAUCUUAUGGAGAAAGCUGGUGAAAACAUCAAAAACAAUAAAGAGAAACUGCUCAAGGAGAUUCAGAAUGUUAUUAAAGAUAUUCAAAAGUCCAAGCUUGGAUGAAUCUGAUCAGUGAAGGAAAAUCACACAUCAAAAAAUCAACAAUAUUUAAAAAAUGUUCCAAAUAUCAGUCUUUUUGCAUCUGGGUAGUCCGUAAGUUCCUUUCAUGUAUUAGAGAAAUAACAAAUAAUCAUCAUUUUGAGUGUACUGAAAAUACAGAAUAUGAGUUUUGGGUGCUUUUGCCUAUUGUUUUGACUGCUUCACUGGGAUUGAAAUCUGAAAGAAUCGAAAGUGUGGAAUUCUUGUUUGCCUUCAGGAUGGUUGAUUUGGUGUCUCUUUAAAGAUUAGAAACAUAAAUGAUAGAUAAACUAAAAAUAACUCAAAAUUACUUCACAUGAGCAAAAGUUUCUUUUUCUUGCUUUUUUAUUUGAGAAGUUCUAUGUUAUAUAAGGUGUGUACACUGUAUUUGUGGGGCUGUGCUUGAAUUGACUUUUCACAUUAACUUUAUGCCUGGCUAAUAUCUGCUUCAAAGAGUUCUUCAUAAGUUCUACAAAAUGUUUAGAAUUCAUUAAUUAAUCAAAAUCAAUUAAUAAUCAGCAGUGAAGUCUUUGCAAAAUGUGUAAUCAGUGUUUAUUAGGACGUAAUGUGAAAUCGUAGAAUUCAUAUGGAGUGUUAUUAAAAAGAUAUUCCAUUAUAUUCCAUUUACCAUUAACAAUUUACUAGAUAAUAUGAUCCACUUUACAAUAAUUAACACAAAAGACCCAAUAAUAAGCAUUAAUUAAGCUGUGAUAACAUGGUACUAAAUGCUGAUAAUCAACUGAAACCAGCUUAUUCGGGUCACACUGUUCAUUGUUCUGUUCAGAUUGUUUGAAAUAUUGCAUUGUAUUGUUACUGUUGUCUUUUCCAGUAAACUUGUCCAGUCCUUGUACCUGA